CAGUCACGUAUUUUCACAAAUGUUGACAAUGAUCAAAUAUUUCGUAAUAAUAUGGAGUAUUUUCGUCACUUUUGUUACAGGUCAAAAGGAAAUUGUUGCAAAUGAUCAGAGUGUUCUCUCUUUGUUACCUUCAACGAUCGGACUACAAUUUCCACUUGAAAUUAAAGGAAACGAAAUCGCCCCGAAUGUCAUCGGAGAAGGGGUACAGAAAAUACCUUGUCCUAUUUUCUCCCAACGCCGAAUGGAAAAUCCAAACAUUCCCAAUGAACAACCCUGGGCCACUGUCAAUAAAUGGAACUCCGUCGCACCUGCACCACGGAGAUCCAAUGCAGAAGAUCCUACAUCACGAAGAGCUAAUGUAGAAAAUCCCGAAUCACGAAGAUCUAAUUCAAAGGAUUCUGCUUCACGGAAUCCCGAAGACGAAAUUCAUGAAUCGUGGAAAUUUAUUGCAGAUGAUCCUUUACGAAGAUCUAAUGCAGACGAUUUUCAAUCACGACGUUCUCAAGCAGAAGAACCUUCAUCACGAAGACUUAUUGCAAAUGAUCCUAUAUCGCGAAGAUUCAACGUAGAAGAUUAUAUGUCACGAAGAUCUAAUACAGCAAAUCCUAUGUCGCGGAGAUCUAAUUCAGAAGAUAAUGCAUCACGAAACCCCAUUGAAGAAAUUCCAGAAUCUUUAUUUAUUGCAGAUGAUCCUUUGCGAAGAUCUAAUGCAGACGCUCUUCAAUCACGACGUUCUCAAACAGAAGAACCUUCAUCCCGAAGACUUAUUGCAAAUGAUCCUAUAUCGCGAAGAUUCAACGCAGAAGAUUAUAUGUCACGCAGAUCCAAUGUAGCAAAUCCUAUGUCACGGAGAUCUAAUUCAGAAGAUUAUGCAUCACGAAAAGCUAUUGAAGAAAUCCCAGAAUCUAUAUUUAUUGCAGAUGAUCCUAUAUCGCGAAAAUCUAAUACAGAAGGAGCUACGCGAAAUUUUUAUGCAGGAGUUCCUACUUCACGGAGGUACAGUGAGCAAUUUCCCGCAUCAAGAAGAUAUCCCUGGCAAACCGUAGACAGCUUAAGACAAACACCCGAUGACAAUGACAAUCACUCAAAUGUUUUAUCACUGUUUAAUGACCAACGAACGCAACCCUACACCAACGAUGUGCAAACGCAGUUACGAAGGGAAGACGUCUAUGGACCACCACCAUCAUUAGCGCAACCAUUGUACAAUGCCUGGCAAGUAUUGUCAACAACAAACCCCUCACAGGGACCUAACCGUUUAGAUGAGCAAACUACAAGCAAUGUGUUGAAUGUACCAUCACCCAAUGGUGAUGUUCAGGUAUUACCACUAAUAAACUAUCCUGUUGAAAUCACGACUCCAAAUCCGAGUAAGCCAACAAACCCUUCUGAUUGCAAUCCGAAAACAAAGCAAAGCGAUGUUAAUGAACCCCUCAGUGAAAUUAGAAGAGAGGAAGGUACCUCUAGGCGUAUUAUGCCAGGUAUCUUACCGUUAAAACAAGUCAGUACUCCGGCAAGUAUAAAUCUAUCUAAAAAUAGCCCACUUGAUGUAACAACAAUGUCAAGUAAACUAAACGUUAACGGAGAAAAAAUUGCAGACACACGUACUGAAAAUGUUGAGAAUGUUGGGAGGACAAACGUACCACAAGCAACUAGUAAAGAAGAAAAUGAGGAUCGUAUGAGCAUUGCAGAUAUCGAACAACAAUUGAUGGAGCCAGCAAAAGGUGCGGGGAUCAUAAAGAUAACAGAUGCCCAUCUCUCUGUAAUGGAUAGCUCCAGGGUGUGUUACGCUUGUAGUAGUAUUACCGAUCCGACUUGCUGGAGUCCAGAAAGAAAAACUACCGUGAAAUAUUGCGCGAGAGGACGUGAUUCUUGUGUAACAAAGACAUAUAAAGGAAAGGAUUCCUUGGUGGUAAUUCGCGACUGCAGUUCAGCUUGCGAUGACGCCCUUCCGGUGCUUGGCAAGAAAUAUGAGUCCUGCUCUAUCUGCGGGAAUGAUCUCUGCAACAACCUAUACGUCGAUGCCAAUGGAGCCAGCACUAUUUACACUAGAAAUACCAUUGGUAUCAUGAUUUUCAGUUGGCUCAUUAAGCAUUACUUUCCUUACCAAAACUUCUUAUGAAUUAAAAUCCAUACUUGCAACUUCUGGAAUAUAUAUUUCAGGCCAAUGUCGAAAAUUUUAUUGUAUUUGUCGAUAAAAUAACAUUAAUUAGAUUUUAUUGUAUUUAUUGU